AGAAUGGCAGGAGGGUGGUCAGCUGUGGGUGCAGCAGGUGUCCAGUACUCCGGCCACCCGGCUGGAUGUGGUCAAUCUUCAGGAGCAGCUGGACCUAAGGCUGCAGCAACGCCAGGCACGUGAGACCGGCAUCUGCCCUGUACGCAGGGAACUGUACUCUCAGUGCUUUGAUGAGCUGAUUCGUCAGGUGACCAUCAACUGUGCGGAGCGCGGCUUGUUGCUUCUGCGUGUCCGUGAUGAGAUCCGCAUGACGAUCGCUGCGUACCAGACGCUAUACGAGAGCAGCGUGGCGUUCGGCAUGAGGAAGGCUCUACAGGCCGAGCAGGGGAAGGCAGACAUGGAGAAGAGAAUCUCUGAACUGGAGACUGAUAAGCGCGACCUCGAGCGCCAGGUCAACGAACUCAAGGCCAAGUGCGAGGCUAUCGAGAAGCGGGAGGCAGAGCGGAGACAGGUGGAGGAGAAGAAACACUCCGAGGAGAUCCAGUUCCUUAAGAGGACCAACCAACAGCUUAAGACCCAGUUGGAGGGAAUCAUCGCUCCUAAGAAGUAAAAGAUCUGAUGUCUCUACAGUCAACAUGGGACCAGCAUUAGCAAAAACUUUAAAUUAACAAACUUUCUACUCAAAUUUAACAUCUUUUUAUUCAAGUUGUUACAAUGCAGUCAGCAAAAGUUUUGGAAAAGAAAAAAAUAGAGGGAUUUGAAAAGGUUUUGGAACAAGAUUCUUGGGUGUACAUGUACAGUGCAAGAAGGUGUUCUCCCAAUGUGAAAAGUUAAUCUUAAAUUAACUACGUGGCCUUAUAAAAAAGAUGAUUCGAGCUCUGCAAGUUUUGUAAGUAUUUUUAAUGUAGAAUAUUUGUCUGUGUUAAACAGUGGAGUUGUGUAUAUAUGACACUAUCUUAACAAUUCACCAUAUAGUCUUCCUCUAACUAGUUCUUAAGUAUGGUGCACUCUGUAUCUAUAAUUCUUCAGAAUUUGCAAGAAAAAACAAACACACUUUGUGCCUUAUCCAGAAUUCUGUAUAUCUGGGCUCUACUGUUGAUGAUAUUGUGUAAAGUUGAAAUUAUUUGGUUUGCAAAAACUUCUAGUGUCUUUUAGAAUGGUUGGAAUGAUGCACACUUGUUAUGUGAUUGUCUAUAAUAAAAUCUUUGCAGGUUUCUUA